AUGGCAACAGAAGCUUCUACUUCUGUCCCAGCCCCCGACGGCGUCCCCCCUGCGCACGAAGGGACGAAAGCGGCUCCCGUUUCCGGUACCAACGCCACUCUUGCUCAAGUGCGCUCAUUUGUCGCGGGCGGUGUCGGCGGUAUCUGUGCUGUGGUUGUUGGGCAUCCCUUUGAUCUGGUCAAGGUGCGGUUACAGACAGCAGAAAGGGGUGUGUAUACCGGUGCGAUCGAUGUUGUAAAGAAGACUGUGGCCCGAGAAGGUCUUGUAAGAGGUCUUUAUGCGGGCGUGUCUGCUCCUUUAGUUGGCGUUACGCCUAUGUUUGCCGUCAGCUUCUGGGGUUACGAUUUAGGGAAAACGCUUGUCAGAAGCGUCUAUGCCGUCCCCGAGCAUAACGGCACACCUCAAUACACCAUUGCCCAGAUAUCUGCUGCUGGUUUUUUCUCCGCAAUCCCGAUGACUUUAAUUACGGCACCCUUUGAGCGGGUCAAAGUCUUACUGCAGAUCCAAGGCCAGAACCCUCCACCCCCAGGCCAAAAGCCAAAAUAUUCAGGUGGUGUUGACGUGGUUCGACAAUUAUAUAAGGAAGGUGGGAUAAGAAGUGUGUUUCGUGGUAGUGCAAUGACUCUUGCCCGUGAUGGCCCCGGCUCCGCGGCAUACUUUGCUACCUAUGAAUACAUCAAGCGGAGCCUAACGCCAAAAAAUAGCAAUGUUGAGCCUACUGGAGAGCUCUCUCUUCCAGCCAUCGUCACUGCUGGUGGUGCUGCUGGCGUAGCGAUGUGGAUUCCUGUCUUCCCUGUUGAUACGAUCAAAUCACGGUUGCAAAGCGCAGAAGGUCGACCGACCAUUGGGGGUACCAUUCGUGGCGUAUAUGCCAGUGGUGGCUUGAAAGCAUUUUUUCCUGGUUUCGGUCCAGCCUUGGCUCGUGCAGUGCCAGCGAAUGCUGCCACAUUCUUGGGUGUUGAACUCGCGCAUAAAGCCAUGACGAAGUUAUUUAAUUAA